AUGUCAAGCUGGUUAAAGGUUGCUGACGAAGAGUCGCUGUCCACAGUUGAAGAUCAUAUCUUCAAAGACCCUGCAGUUGCUGAAUAUUACAAACAAGUUUACAAGGAUGCAGAGUACGAGUGUCGUCACUUGUUCGAUACGGAAUACAUUUGGACUACUGCUGAGGAAAAGAAGCUCCUCUGGAAGAUCGACUGGAGAGUGACAUUUUGGGCAUACAUUAUGUUCACUGCACUUGAUUUUGACAGAGCCAAUAUUAACCAAGCUUUGAGUGACGAUGUGCUUGACGAUCUGGGACUGUCUACAAAUGAUUAUAACUGGGCAAUGACUGUAAAUCUUAUUUGCUUCCUUGGAGCAGAGCUACCAUCACAGUUGAUAUCCAAGAAAAUUGGUGCUGAUAUCUGGAUCCCCACUCAGCUAUGUCUUUGGAGCAUGGUAUCUAUCUCACAGGCAGCAAUCACUGACAGGGCUGGCUUUUACAUUACAAGAGCAUUGAUUGGUCUAUUUCAAGGUGGUUUUAUCUGUGAUACAUGUUUAUGGAUGUCAUAUUUCUACAAAUCAGAUGAAUUACCAUUUAGACUCUCGUUAUUCUACAUUGCUAAUCCUUUGAUGGAUAUUCUUAGUGCCCUUCUGGGAUAUGCACUCAUCAGGAUCAAUACACAUCUACUUCCACAUGGGUGGCAAUGGGUGUUCUUAGUGGAAGGUAUCUUCACACUUCUUAUCGGUAUUGCAAGCUUCUUCAUGAUGCCUGCAAGUGCUGUACAAACUAAAACUUGGUAUAGAAGAAAUGGGUGGUUCACCGAUCAUGAGGAGAAGAUUGUUGUUAAUAGAGUAUUGAGAGACGACCCUUCCAAAGGUGAUAUGAACAAUCGCCAACCAGUGAGUUUCAGAGAGCUUCUAAUGUCAUUAACUGACUACGAUCUUCUACCAAUAUAUGUUGUGAGAUUUCUCGGAGACUUAAUGGCCUCUCCUGUUGGGAACUAUUUGACCUUAACACUCCGUCAGCUUGGAUUCUCCACCUUUGAUACAAAUCUAUUGACCAUUCCUAAUAGUGUUUUGACUAUCAUCACCAUGCUACUGACGGGUUGGCUUUCAGAGAAGCUGAACAGUCGGGCUCUAGUGCUAUCUUCCGUGGCUGUUUGGUGUUUCUCCUGCUUGGUUCCGCUGAGAUUCUGGUCAGGAUCUCAAAUUGAUGUUUGGCCGACAUAUGCUAUAUUGACAGUGUUGCUUGGUUAUGCACCAUUUUGGGCUAUUUCAAUCUCAUGGUGUUCUCAUAAUUCCAAUUCUGUUCGUUCAAGAGCUGUUAGUGCGGCAUUGGUCAAUAUGUUUUCCCAGGCAGCUGGUAUUGUAUCGUCAAAUGUAUACAGAGCUGAUGAUAGUCCUUUUUACCACAGGGGUAACAGUUGGCUGAUUGGCGUCAGUAUUGCAUGUUUUAUUUAUUAUAUUCUCAGAAACAGGCAGAACGCCAAAGCGUGGAACAAACUGACAGAGGAAGAGAGAAAUACUUACAGAAAAUCAACCACUGAUGUUGGUAACAAGAGGAUAGAUUUCCAAUUCGUUUACUGA